AUGGGCUACAACACCAGAAGAAAGAGCCUCUCGCUCACUGAACUCGGCAUCACCCUCCCCAAACGCGCGCGCACGCAGAGUCAUCCGUCGCCUCCUAGCACGAUCGCGGAAAGCGACGAGAAUGACCGGCCUUCGAAAAAGUCGCGUUUGAUGAGCCCGCCCGCGAUCAAAGAAAAGUCGAAAGCAGCCGCGCAACUAUCGCCGCCACCGUCGCCGGUCAGAGAAGGCAGCAGCAAGGUGUCCGUCGAAGGUAUCAACGACGACAUUGUUAUCGGAACGAUCCAGCAGCUCGAGCAGACGGGCAACCGACCGCAUCUUGUAAAAGAGCUCGCGACAGUGCUCGCAACCAACCUCCACUCCGUCGAAAAAUCCGCCAACCCCACUGCCCUCAUCUCCUCCCGCCUAACCCAAUACCUCAACCGCCCCUGGCCGACCAUCUCCCCCUGCCCGCUCGCCAAAGACCUCUCCCCCGUCCACCCCCGCCGCCUCUACUUCUUCCUCACUACCCUCCCCCGCCAACCGAUCCCCGACACUAUCGAGCAACCGCCCAAAACCGCGCGCAUCAUCUCCCCCUCCCUCUCCUCCGCCUCCAAUCACGAUGAAGAUGUCGAUCCUACAUUCGACCGCGACCGACACGCCCUUUCGCCUUCGCCGGAAGUCGACCUGAGUUCGCCCGAACUCGAAGACAACAACGCGCAAGAACCGCCUACACCCGGCGCGCCCUUCUCCGGUCGCAACAGCGUCACCCGCGACCGCAGCGCUUCCGCGCCGAAUAGACAGAAUGGCCGAAGAGGCGCAUCCCCGCAACUCGAACAUGAAGAGAGGGAUUUCAAAAUGACGGCUAAUGCUUUAUACGAACAAGAGCGGCUCCGUCGGUACAGCAGCUCUCAAUCGCAAUCGCAGGCUCAAGACGUUCAAAUGGCCGGUUCAGGUUCUGGCUCCGCGGACGCGGUCACCGGUUCUGCAGCAGAACAAGAACGUCCAGGCAGCGUAGCGAGGAGUAUCGAGGAGGAAACACAAGAGAUGGAGUUCCAGAACCACGAGGACGCGAACGCGUUGUUUGGACAUGCGGGGCAGUUGAAGUUGAUGGAGUUGGAAAACCAGGGUAUGGGGGAGGGCAUGUUCAGUAGUCCGAUGAUGGCGCCACAACACUCCUUUGAUGAGAGGGAAGGCGAGGUCGUGCUCGGCGCCAGCCAGACGAGCCAGCCGGAGAGUGAGCAGAGGAUCGAUGCGAUGCACUUGGACCACCCACACGGACGGGAUGGCGGUAAAGAGGGGGGUUUGCGAUUAGAUGUGGAGUUUGGAGCGUUAGCGGACUGGGAAGAGGAGGUAUUGCAGUCCCCGGAGAAGAUUGCUAUGGCCGAGUUGGAGGGGUUGUUUGAUGCUUACUAG